AUGCGGUGCCGGCUGCAAACGCUUCUCCAGAGGAAAUUUAAAAUCAGCCUUCUCCUUCUUCUGCUCUUGGCCCUUGUCGUGCACCUGGUGAUGGAUUUUGCUCUCCCCACGGCCCGCAGGCCCUGCAGCUGUGAUAUCAAAGCAUCAAAAGCUGUGGGUGUCUCAUCAGGCAGCCCCAUGCCAGCCAGCCUUAAAAAGCUGAACCUGCGAAUCCUCCAGGAUUUCAGUGGAAGCAACAGCUCCUUGGAGAAAAGUUCCCAGCCACAGAGAGAGGGGCUGCACUUGAGGGCUGGAGAGCCAAGAGUCCAACAGCAACAUGAAGAGGGGAGUGCAGGGUGGACCAAGGGAUCAAAGCUGGCAGCACUCUUUGAGCAUCCUCUUUACAACAUCCCAGUCCCAGAGGUGACGGAGAGAGACAAGCUGUUUAUCAUCAACCCCAUGGAGAAGUUCAGCCUGCACAGCAGCGGGAGUGACGAAUGGGUCAGCAGCAGUAAAGCCGAGACGCUCCUCCCGACAGGGAAGACGGCCUAUGACACCUACCCCACCUGGCUCAAGUUCCACGUCGGCAUCACCCGCUACGAACUGUACCCCCGCCGGGACCCCUUGCUGCCCACGCUGCUCCGGGACUUGGCCACGCAAAGGAUCGUCAGCUCGGUCCAGAAGUCCGGCGGGACCCAGCUCAAGCUCAUCAUGACGUUCCCAAACUAUGGGCAGGCCCUCUUCAAGCCCAUGAAGCAGACCCGGGACCAGGAGACUCCCAUUGAUUUCUUCUACUUCUCAGACUUUGAGCGGCACAAUGCAGAGAUUGCAGCCUUCCACCUGGACAGGAUCCUGGAUUUCCGGCGAAUCCCCCCAGUUUCUGGCCGUUUGGUCAACAUAACAAAAGAAAUCCGGGAUAUCACCACAGACAAGAAACUGGCCAAGACUUUCUUCAUCUCCCCAGCGGGUAACGUCUGCUUCUACGGGGAGUGCUCCUACUACUGCUCCACGGAGCACGCCCUCUGUGGCAAACCGGACCAGCUGGAGGGCUCCAUGGCUGCCCUGCUCCCCGACAAGACCCUGGCCAAGCGCCGCUCCUGGCGCAGCCCCUGGCGCCGCUCCUACCACAAGAGCAAGAAGGCUGAGUGGGAGCUGAAUCCCAACUACUGCGCUCAGGUGCGAGAGACACCACCCUACGACAGGGGCCACCGCCUCCUUGACCUCAUCGACAUGGCCAUCCUGGAUUUCCUCAUGGGCAACAUGGACCGGCACCACUACGAGACCUUUGAGAAAUUUGGGAAUGACACUUUCCUGCUCCACCUGGACAACGGCCGCGGCUUCGGCACACAUUCGCGGGAUGAACCGUCCAUCCUGGCCCCUCUCCAGCAGUGCUGCAGCAUCAAGAAGUCGACUUACCUGCGGCUGCAGCUGCUGGCCACCCAGCCCUACCGCCUGAGCGACGUGCUGCGCGAGGCGCUGGCCGCAGACCCGCUGGCCCCGGUGCUGGCUGAGCCCCACCUGCGGGCGCUGGACCGGCGCCUGGGCAAGGUGCUGGUGGCCGUGGGACACUGCCUGGCCAGGGCAGCCCGCCAGGAGGAGGUGCUGGUGGAUGAUGUGGGCUCGUGGGUGUGAGGGGGUGCCCUGCUGGGUUGCUGUGCUGCCGAGGGUGAUGUGGGGAUCGAUGUGCGGCUCUGAUUCUGUGCAGCGUCAGCUUUUGGUGGUGCCGAGCUGGUGGCGUGCUGAACCAGGAAAGCAGGUUGUAAGGAUAGCUGGGACAGGGAGGGGAUUUAAAUAAAAAGGUUGGCCUAGUGGGGAAGACAUGAGCUGUGAUCUUCCCCACCAAGGCUGCUUUCCC